AUGUUAUUCUGUCGAAGUCAGUUUUUCUUUGUGAAAAACUCGUCUUUGUUGAAGGCCGGUUUCAAGAACACGUCUGUGAAACACAGCUCUCAGUUUCUCGGGAUUGGAGCGAGAAAACCAAAGGCCGUGCAGCUGAGCACCAUCCCAUAUUUUUCCUCUACACAUACUCUGGCACUCCCAAAAUCGAACUUGAUUAGACCAAGUACUAUCCGGAGUGGCUUGAGUCAAAAGCGGAUGUUCUCAACGACUCCGAUCUCGUUCCAGCAAGCCACAAAAACUAUCAGACGAUCCAAAUGGCCUGCAAAUACAAACAAAAACCUGGGUUAUUUGUGUAUCGGAACCUCGAUUCUGGUGUUUGCGAUUGUUAUUUUGGGAGGCCUCACCAGACUCACCGAGUCCGGACUUUCGAUCACCGAAUGGAAACCAGUUACCGGAGCCAUUCCUCCAAGAACGCAGGAGGACUGGGAAGAAGAGUUCAAAAAAUACCAGGAGUCUCCAGAAUUCAAACUUCUCAACUCGCACAUCACCUUGGAAGAGUUCAAGUUCAUUUUUUACAUGGAGUGGUCUCAUAGACUGUUGGGUAGAAUUAUCGGAACCGUCUUUGUGUUGCCGACUCUAUACUACAUUGCCCGCAGACAAGUUUCUCCUCCUGUUGCAUUCAAGCUGCUUGGAAUUUGUGCUCUGAUCGGUUUGCAAGGAGCCAUUGGCUGGUGGAUGGUGUAUUCAGGAAUUGACGAGCAAUUGCUCGAAGAACGUAAGUCCAAGCCAACAGUUUCUCAGUAUAGAUUGACUGCUCAUCUGGGUGCUGCCUUUUUGGUGUACUGCACUAUGAUCUCUACUGGUUUCGGUAUCCUUAGAGACCAUGAUAUAAUGAAACACCCAAAGGAGUAUCUGGAGACCUUCCAAAAGAUACAAUCUCCAUCUUUGAAGUUGUUCCGCAGGCUCAGUAAGGGAUUACUGGGACUUGUUUUUGUCACUGCCAUGUCUGGAGCUAUGGUUGCAGGUUUGGAUGCAGGAUUAAUUUACAACACUUUCCCUCAUAUGGGAGACGACUACAUUCCAUCUGCAAACGAGCUGUUUUCCCCUGUCUUUUCGCGCCUGGCCGACCAGUCUGACUUAAUUUGGAGAAACAUGUUUGAGAACCCGGCAACCGUGCAGCUGAAUCACCGGAUCAUGGCUACUCUCACGUUAUGCUCGGUGUUUGCUCUGCACAUGUAUUCGCACCGGAUCAGGUCGAUCAUCCCCAGACCAGCCUACAAAUGGCUCAAUAUCUCUAUGGGAGUUGUAUCGUUGCAAGUGACCCUUGGAAUCUGUACUUUGCUAUGGCUGGUGCCUAUCGAAUUGGCAGCAGCACACCAAGGUGGUGCUCUGGCUUUGUUGACCUCCGUUCUGAUCACCGUCUGCCACCUGAAGAAACCAACUAGAUCGAACUUGAUGUUGUUGAAGAACUUCCUCGAGAAGUCCAAGGCCAACAACCCGAUCCUGAAAUGA